AUGGUGUUCUGUAUCGAUUUUUAUUGGUUAAUCUUUCUAAUCGGUGGAUCUGUAUUUUCUCAAGACAUCGAGCUUACCGAAGAAAAUUAUGGCACAGACUGGAUUUAUAUGCCAAAUGGAGAUGGAGUUCCAGAAAUCGCAUAUUUAGUCGAGCCUCCCAUGCCAAGUCGAAAUACUGAUUCAAGCAAAACCGUUACAUUUGAACUUUAUCCAAGUGAAGAAGAUAAACCGAUAAUUGGACAAUUUUGGGUAGCCACUGAAACCUUUAUUCGACGAAAACGAGAUAGCUGGACGGAAAUGGCUAAGAAAUUCAAUCCUGAGCUAGAAACUAAGAUUCUGGUACACGGAUGGAAAUCAAGCUCACAAAGUAAUUCUAUUCAAUCUAUAAAGAACGGAUACAGGCGAAAAGGGAGCUACAAUAUCUUUGCUAUUAACUGGAGGGAUCAAGCUGAUAGUAUUUAUUAUUUGGAACCAGCAAGAUACACUGUACAAGUUGGAAGAGCUAUAGCAAAGCUAAUAAAUUUAUUAGUGGAAGAAAAAGAUGCGGAUCCAAGUAGGAUUCAUUUACUUGGCCAUAGUCUCGGAGCUCAUAUAAUGGGCUAUGCUGGAUCAUAUUCUCGUCACAGAGUUGGCAGAAUCACAGGACUUGAUCCUGCACGUCCUGCUUUUGAGAACUGCAUUGGCCCGGAACAUCAUUUGGAUCGUACAGAUGCAGAAUUCGUUGAUGUUAUUCAUAGUUGUGCCGGAGUUCUUGGUUAUAAAGAACCAAUUGGUUUUGUUGAUUUCUAUCCUAAUGGUGGUGAUCCUCCUCAACCGGGUUGUGGUCAACUGUUUCAAGUUAUAACUGGAUGCAGUCAUGGUCGAUCUUAUGAGUACUUUGCAGAGUCCAUUAACACCGAAAAAGGAUUUUUCGCUAAACCCUGUUCAACAAUUGAUGCUAUUAAAAAUAACAAUUGUACGGGAGAUAGUAUACUUAUGGGAGAUAGAGUCCCUCGUGAAGCUCGUGGAAUUUAUUAUCUUAAAACUAAUGCAAUGCGAGAUUUUGCAUUGGGGGAUAUUUGGGAUAUUUAA